AUGACCGGGUGUGGUCAUCUCUGUGCAAGCUCUAAGCGCAUGAGACGUCACUGGAGUGAUUCUCACGGUGUUAGUGUGCCGAGUAAUAUUGCCUCUCAUGCGCGCUCAGUGAAGCUUCAGACGUUCUUUCGCGGUACAAAACUCAAGUAUUUCGAGGUAUCUGAAGCAACUAGGGCCGCAGAUUCGCAGGGUUUCAAUGAAGGGAGUGGGCAUGACAGAAUGGGCUCUGAUGCGGAUAAAGUGCCAUCACUAGCACAGCCGAUGUCAUUUUCUGAGUCUUCUCUCGUAGUGGACCUAGAGACGUUGGCCUAUUUCCACCAUUACAUCAUUACAACAUGUCCGACACUUCCUAAAAUCGAGGAUUCUCUAACAGCGUCACAACACUGGGGGACAUAUAUUGUUUCGUUGGCUCUACGACGACGGUGGUUGAUGUGCGGAUUAUUGGCCAUUUCCGCGUACCAUUCAGCCACGCUCGAUGAGGAGAUAACAGUACAGAAAAAGCAUUUUGAGCAAGGAACAAAGCUCCGUUCUGAAUUCUUCAUUGGAUUCAACGAAAUCAUGAACAAUAGUUCGAACACUAUGUCCAUCAAGACUUUCCAGAAAACUAAAAGGGCAGCAAUUCAAGUAAAAAGCAUCAUGAGCUGUGCGCACUGGGCCUUGACUGGAUUCACUUCAAAUUACACGACUGUCCUGGGUCCUGACACAGUCCUGUCUCAGCUACAAUCUUUACUAUGCGACAUUCAAGAUUUUUCAAAAUUAGGAAACUCUUUAAACAUCGAGCAGAGGAAUGGCAAUGAUCUCCAAACAUCUUUGGGUACAAAUGGCUCACGAGGUACUGCCACAGCACCAACUAUGCUACUCAAUCGUCUUCAGAUGCUACCUUAUCGCAUGGCCGAGAUAUUUGGGAAACCAGAUCAUGAACAAGAUGCCCCCGCUAUUUUACUCAGCAUUGCAGCCUUGCUCCAGUGCUGUAGUGGUGUCUUUGAGUCAAACAAUUUGUCAGGUGCGUGGAAAGAUAUAUGCGCAUGGUUUGAGAAGACCACGGACCAUUUCAAUUAUAUGGUUUCACUUCAAAAUCCAGCUGCGCUUAUUGUACUAGCAUACUGGGCGGCCAUUCUAGUUAAACAAGCUCAAGUUUGCGAGUGCUGGUUCGUACAUGGCUUUUCAAGGGCAAUCGUUUUGCUUAUUUACGAGCACCUUUCUACAGAUGAUGCAGUUCGAAGUUUGGUUGAACGUCUGUUAGAGUGA